UAUACACACCCUUAGACAGGGAUGACCUUUAUUUACUACCACAAUCCAAAACCCCAAACUCUCCCUUUCUCUCUCUCUCACACACACACACGCAGAAACAGAAACUGGGUACAAGCAGGUGAGCUUGAAUUAGCAAGAGAGAGAGAGAGAGAGAGAGAGAGAGGGAGAGAGAGAGUUAAAGGCAGUAUAUAGGGCGCGGCGCCUUUUCCUUUAUCCCUUCAGUUAAAGUUGACGGGAAUUCUGGUGUUAUUUCCAUGGUUAAAGCAGGUUGGUGUCAUCGGCAGAAUAGUGGGAAAAUAUACUCAAAAAAGGAAAAAGGAUUUGUUUGGUUGAGCGAUGAAUAAGAAUAGUCAGCUGGGAUCCGUGAGCAGCUCUGAUCUCAUCGAUGCAAAGCUGGAGGAGCAUCAAUUGUGCGGAUCCAAACAGUGCCCCGGCUGCGGUCACAAGCUCGAAGCCAAGCCGGAUUGGGUGGGCCUACCCGCCGGAGUGAAGUUCGACCCGACCGACCAGGAGCUUAUCGAGCAUCUCGAAGCCAAAGUCGAAGGCAAGGACUCCAAAUCUCACCCCUUGAUCGACGAGUUCAUCCCCACCAUCGAAGGCGAAGAUGGGAUUUGCUACACUCACCCUGAGAAACUUCCUGGAGUGACAAGAGACGGAUUGAGUAGGCACUUUUUCCACCGGCCGUCGAAGGCGUACACCACCGGCACGAGGAAGCGGCGGAAGAUCCAGAUGGAAUGCGACCUGCAAGGCGGCGAGACGCGGUGGCACAAGACGGGCAAGACGCGGCCGGUCAUGGCUAACGGCAAGCAGAAGGGCUGCAAGAAGAUCCUGGUCCUUUACACUAAUUUCGGCAAAAACCGGAAGCCGGAGAAGACGAAUUGGGUGAUGCAUCAGUAUCAUUUAGGGCAGCACGAGGAGGAGAAGGAAGGAGAGCUCGUCGUCUCCAAGAUUUUCUACCAGACUCAGCCGCGCCAGUGCAACUGGACGGAGAGGGGAGGCGCCGCCGCCGCCACUGCGGGAGACGUCUUGAGAGAGAGUGGGAGUGGGAGUGGGAGCUGCUCCUCUUCUAAGGAAAUGAUCCCUCAGAGAGAUGAUUUCUCAGCCACGGCCGCUGCUGCCUCAGUCCCGACUUAUACCGGCAUUGAUAUUCAUCAGCUCAAAGCCGAUCACUUCGGCUAUCUCCCCUACAGAAAAUCUUUCGAUGAGCAGGCUGGGAGCAUAGGAGAGGCUUCAAUUGCAAGGGAAGGAGCAGGCACGUGCGAAGAGCGUGACAUGGGACAGCAUCACGUGACCCAUGAGCCGCACCAUCACGUGACUACCCAUGACCACCAUCACCAGAUUGCCGCCGCCGCAGCCACCGCGUUUCACAUAAGCCGGCCGUCGCACUCCAUCUCCACCAUCAUCUCCCCUCCGCCGCUACACCACACCUCCAUUAUUCUCGAUCAAGAUCACCCCUUUCAUGUCCCCAGAAUCAUGCUCCCCAAUGAAAAUUACCAGCAACAACAUCAGCAGCAGCAGCAACAACAUCAUAAAAUAGGGGGAAGGUCUGCAUCUGGAUUGGAGGAACUCAUCAUGGGAUGCACCUCAACUGAUAUGAAAGAAGAGUCAUCAAUGGCAAACCAACAAGAAGCAGAAUGGUUGAAGUACUCGACAUUCUGGCCCGACCCGGACAACCCGGAUCAUCAUGGAUAGAAACAAAUACCCAUAAAUCAUUACUUGUAAGUGCUGCCAGGACCAAUAUACAACAUUGUUUUUCUUCUUUUUCCUCUCCCUCUUUUUCACUCUAAAUUUCAGGGCUGAACUAAUUGUUCAACAAAAAACACAUGUUGCAAAAGCAAGAAAAAGAAACAAAAAUAAAGGAACCAAGAAAAAGCCGCCUCUCUUCUGACAAACACAACACAACACAACACAAAGAGAAGAUAGAAAGAGAGAGUGAAAGAAGCAAGGAAAGAAAUCCCCCAUGUCCAAAGCGAUAAAUUCUUGCUGCAUCAAAAUCAUCACCAUCAUCAUCAUUACUAUACCGUUUUUAUAUAUGUUUAUUCCUUGUUAUUAUUAUUUUUUCAUUUUUAAGUUUAUUUUUUUUGUACUACAAUUUUUGUCAAUUGUGUUACACUAAAGAAUUAUAGUAGAUACUAAAGAACACAAUAUUGCAAA